CUUAUAUUUCAUGUUUCAUGUUUGAAACAUUCAAAUGUACAGAGCAAGUGAGAAGUAAACGACAGUUUAUUAAAACAAUUUUACGAUAAAUAAGCAAUAAAAUAAUGGCAUCUACAUCGCAAAAUGAGGAGAAAGGACAAGAGGGACCGAUCAGAUGUAUAUUCUUUGCCGAAUUUCAUCACAUAGCUGGACCCAAAAUUACAUGUCAGGUACCUGAUAAUUUUAUAUCCAAGGAUAUUUUUGACAAUGUCAGCGUUUACAUCAUACCUAAAGCACAAUUACAAAGAAGUACCAUAACAAUCACAUUAAAGGACUAUAAAAUCUUAGGCUUUCCUGUAAAGAUUGAUGACAAGAAGUACGCAAGAAAUGCAUUUUACUUCAAUUUGUGUUUUGUCUGUGAUGCAAAUGCUCGUACUGUUCAUUAUGAACCAGUGGUUAAGAAAAUGUCAGAUUUUUUGAUGGCUUUGGAAGUAGAAAAUUGCUUCUUGUCCACUUCCGAUGAUAAAACCAGGUUAGCAGAAAUGCUUGCACAAGUCAUGCAGGAUUUAAAUUUGCACAAAAUGUGUACAUUGACUGAAGGAACAAUGACAUCUCAUUUGAAAGUAGUAAAAUUAGCACCAGAGCCCAAACCAGUUCUUGAUCAUCAAGUUCCGAUAUUCUUGGUGGAUAAAGAUUCAUUUCAACAUGAUCAAUGGGAUUUGACUACGCAACAAGUGUUGCCUUAUAUUGAUGGCUUUAAUCAUGUAUCGCGUAUAGCAGCUGCAGCUGAUGUAGAAAAUAAUUUAGUUAAAAGCUGUGUACAAAAUCUUGUAUAUUAUGGAGUUGUAACUUUGAUUCCAAUAUUUCAAUAUAGUAACGUUUAUGCUUGUACUCCGAAAUUAAGGCAAUUAGGAGAUGAUUUAAAAUUACAGGAGAGAUGUAUAGCAUAUACUUCUAAAUCACCCAGGCAACCUGCAUCUUUUAGGGAUAUAUACCGUAUGUACUCAAGUAUGACUUAUGGUGUUACCAUGAAGGAUUUAUGUCAACGUCUUAAUCCACAAAACUUGAGAAUAAAUGAGAGAAGACUGGUACAAUUUGGUUUGAUAGAGGGGUUUAUUAGAAGAAUAUAUAAUUAUCCUGUACUUGUUCCCGGCGCGUCUAAUAGCGAAGAAGCGAAAAACAAUCCAAUCUAUAAGUAUUUUACAAGCACGUAUAGCCUCGAUGAAAUAUGCUGUAGUACUGGCCAGACAACCGCGCAAAUCGAAGAUAUCAUUGAACGCGAUCCAAACGUACUAACUAUAUGGAAGUGAUAUUAUAUAGCUAAUAAAAAUUGAAAAUUAGAAAUAUGCAAUAUAGGUAUCAUCUACGUUUCUUUUCGGUUCUUUCGAAAUCUACGAUUAGAACGUAUAUCUAUUUAAUGAGAUUUUAUUUUUUAGUAGUUUCUAGAAAAUUAAAUUUUUUUAGAUAUUUUCGAGAAACAUUAAAAGAUAUAUCAAUCGUUUUAAUAUGCAAGCUAUCGAAAUCGAGCGAGAUAGGCGGGAAUUCGAGAGGAUCGUGCGCGUACAACGAACAGCUUUUUGCAGAGAAAAGAAGAAACUCGAGCAGAAACAACAACAGGCCUUGCUAUAUAUAUAUAUAUAUAUAUGUGUAUGUGUGUGUGUGUGUAUAUGUGUAGAAAAAAUUUCACACUAACACAGAUCUAGCACUUUCAGUAGGAAUUUUUUAUUUUCAUAUAAGUUAUUCCUUGCAUAAUCAUAUUUGCACAUAGUUUUGUAUAAAAUCAAAGUGAUUUUUGUUUUGCAUAUUUAAAACUUAGACUUAAUAGGUGUUCACAUUUGUUUUCAAUAAGCAUCCUGAUGGAAUAAUUUAAUCAUUGAAUAUUUUCGAUCAUUCGUUUUACUUCAUUAAUGUAAAUAUCCGGUACUUUGUUCUCCCUCAUCUCUUGGCACUUCCUUUCCAUUGCGUCUUGCAGUUUCUUCUUACGUAUCGCAGUCUCUGCACGGAUCGUUAGACCUUCUUCAAACAUCUUUUGUCGUUCAGCGAUACGUUCUCGUUCCUUUUUAUUUACCUGUCCAAUCGAUAUAAUACAUAUGUAUAAUAUUACUGCAUAUCAAUAUACGAAAAUUUUGUUCACGCAAAUGAUUAGUGCAAACCUGCUUUAAUAUUUCACUGCGAUGGAGCAA